GAACGAGUGGGUGAGUCAGGGAGGGUGAGUUCUAAUGGAGGUGGUGGUGAGUCACUGAGUUUUAGGUUGGGGAAUUUGCAGAAGUAUGUAGAAGGAGAGCAAGUCGCCGCCGGUUGGCCGGCUUGGCUCAGCGCCGUUGCCGGUGAAGCCAUUUACGGUUGGGUGCCUCUCAGUGCUGACUCUUUCGAAAAGCUGGAAAAGGUAGGACAGGGCACUUAUAGCAGCGUAUUCCAUGCACGCAACUUAGAAACUGGGAGGAUUGUUGCUCUGAAGAAGGUGCGAUUUGAUAAUUUUGAGCCCGAAAGCGUUCGGUUUAUGGCACGAGAAAUAAUGAUACUACGCAGGCUUGACCAUCCGAAUAUCAUAAAAAUGGAGGGCUUAAUUACCUCCCGAUUGUCAUGUAGCAUUUACCUUGUAUUCGAGUACAUGGAACAUGACAUUUCUGGACUCUUAUCUUCCCCUGACAUCAAGUUAAGUGAAGCACAGGUUUGCUUAUGUUGAUUUUUAUUUUUAUUCAGCAAACUUAUAACUAGUGUGUGCUUAUCACAUCACAAUGAAACACCCUAAUUUGGGUUUCAGUAGCAUUGGACAUUUUGGUUUGUCAUUUGCUUUGUAAAAGUCAUCUGCAUAAGAAUAUAACAAUGUGAGGAAAACUCAG